GUGGUUGUGCCUCGCAUGAAGCUGGGCUCGCAGGGGCUGGAGGUCUCGGCGCAGGGCCUCGGCUGCAUGGGCAUGUCAGUCGCCUACGGCGAGCUCAAGCCCGAGCAGGACUUGAUCGCGCUCCUUCAACACGCGGUCGCCACCGGCGUCACCUUGCUCGACACAGCCGACGUGUACGGGCCUCACACCAACGAGAUCCUAAUCGGCAAGGCGCUGCAAGAUGGCGUGAGGAAGAAGGUGGAGCUGGCCACCAAGUUCGGCGCUCUCGUCUUAGCCGACGGCAGCUGGGAUGUCCGCGGGGACCCGGCGUACGUGCGGGCGGCAUGCGAGGCCAGCCUCGCCCGGCUUGGCGUCGACUGCAUCGACCUCUACUAUCAGAUUCGUAUUGACAAGAAUGUCCCCGUCGAGAUCACGAUGGGUGAGAUCAAGAAACUAGUCGAAGAAGGCAAGGUAAAAUACGUCGGGCUAUCUGAAGCAUCGGCGUCCACGAUCAGGAGGGCACACGCGGUUCAUCCUAUUACUGCCAUCCAGCUCGAGUGGUCCCUCUGGUCAAGAGACGUUGAAGAAGAUAUAAUCCCCACUUGCAGAGAACUUGGCAUUGGAAUUGUGGCAUACAGUCCACUGGGUAGAGGGUUCCUAUCCACUGGACCUAAACUGGUGGACACAUUAACAGACAACGAUUUUCGCAAGUACCUACCACGAUUCCAACCUGAGAACAUGGAGAAGAAUGCCGCCAUAUUUGAGCAUGUGAGUGAGAUGGCUGCCAGGAAAGGAUGCACGCCCUCGCAGCUCGCGCUGGCCUGGGUUCACCACCACGGACACGAUGUGUGCCCCAUUCCUGGCACCACAAAAAUUCAGAAUUUCAACCAGAACGUGGGUGCUUUGUCUGUGAAGCUCACGCCCGAGGAGAUGGCUGAGCUCGAGUCAUUUGCCGCCAUGGAUGUUGUGCACGGUGAUCGCUACCUCAACAUUCACCCCAACACCUGGAAGGACUCUGAGACCCCUCCCCUGUCAUCAUGGAAAGCCACUUAG